UCCCGCAGCCAGCAGCCAGCAGACCCCGCGCCGGGGGCGGAGCCACGAGGCAGAGAGAGGCUCAGGUCUGGGGCGCGCUGCACCAAUACAAGCCGGCCCAGGAGAGCGGCUCCCUGUGUGUGACCCUCCCCCCGCUGUGCAGUCAUGGCGUGUGAGGCCGGGGAAACUCUCCCCAGAGCUCCCAGGGCGCCCUAGCAGCCCCCGGCCUCGCCACCUCCCCGGCCCAGGAGAGGAAAAUAAUUUGACAGCGAUUUGCUGACACUGGGAUUUUGCAUCAGAGAUUACAAGAAAGAACCCCCCCAACAACCUCUCCCCCGAUCACCAGACUGGGCGCCCAAAGGGGGAUCAUGCAAAAGAUUUCUAUCCUGGGUUGGAUAUGAACUCUCAGUGCGUGGGGUGACACUCAGAUUUGAUGACUAUAACAUACCAUGGGAGCCACGCAUGUCCAUCACCAUCUGGGAGAAGCCAGCUCAGGAAGACAUUAGAAAGUUGAUCUCAAUAAUACAACAACAGGUUGGUACACAAGUAAUCAGUGUCUGCGUGACAGUGAUGGCGACAUUGUAGACUAUACACAAGAGGACCACAUGCCCCACCCCCCAAGCUGGAGGUACCUGGCAUAGUGAAUCUAUUGUUUUCGUUUAAGAUUUGCGUUUUGGACUUUUUCAAAGAUGUGAAGCAGCAUCAAUCUGAAAUUGGAAUUGCAAACAGACCAGAAGGAGUUAGUCCUUGUCAUGUAAAUGGACAAGCUGAAUAAUAACAAAUUCUAGCAAUUUUUUUUCGUACUUGGAAUAUCUCAGGGUCUACAUGUUUAUGGUUUUUGUGCCUGUAAGAUCAGGAUAAAGGUGACCAAAAAUGGGGGACCAGCAGUUGUACAAACCUAACCACACUGCCAACAGCAAUGAGAAUUUGUAUUACCAACCGCACCAAAUGAACACUCUCCCCCCUUUAAAUCACAGCUAUGGAACAUCAGGCAUGGAUGCUUCUCAGGCUUCUCCCCUCUCUCCCCAAUUCCCCCAGGAUUCAAGAGACAGCAUAGCUUUGAAUGUAGGUUCAAAAAAUAUUGGGUCAGCGGACUCCUCUAGACAAACAAGUUGGACACAUACUGGCUCAGGAAACCAUGUUCCGGUAAGGAACAAUCAGAAUGCCAUGUGGAGCCCAUUAGGGCAGAGUGAAUCUCCUGACGGAUACCAAUAUUCGUAUUCUCAAGCCAAUGAACUUCGGUCACAAAAACUUACUAGUGGAGUUUUACAUAAAUUGGACUCCUUUACACAAGUAUUUGCUAACCAAAAUUUAAGAAUUCAAGUCAACAAUAUGGCUCAGGUCUUGCAUGCUCAAUCUUCAGUGAUGGAUAAUGCCAGUGACAGUGCACUUAGACAGCUGCUGUCUCAGAAGCCUGCUGUUGAGCAACAAUCUGUAACUUCCACUGUGCAAAGAUAUCAGCAAGGGCCACAGCAAGUACACCAGAAUUUUGCAAGCACUCAGCAAAAGCAAGUCAUGCAGCACCAACAACAGUUGUAUUAUGAUUACCAGCAACACUUAUCUCAGCUACAAAUGCAUUCUGCAAUGCAACAAGGACAACCACAUGUGCAACAAAUGCAGUCUCAGCAGCUGUUACCGCAACAGAUACAACAGUUGCAGCAGACUCAAUAUUAUAUGCAGCAACAGCCACAGCAGGGACAGCAGCGGCUCUCAAUACAAGAGAUCCAGCAGCAGCAGCAACAAAGUCGACAGCAACAGCAGAGGCAGUGUCCAAUGCAAAUAGCUCAGUAUUAUCAAACACAACCAGUUAUGCAGCAGUUACAGUUGCAGCAGCAGCAACAACAACAGAUGCAACUGCAUCUUCCUGCCUAUCAUAGGGAUUCUGACCCAAAAACCGUGCAUGAAACACACCAGUACUCCCAGGAUCAAGCUCAUCCUGUACAGCUUAUACAGUUGGGAACAAUGCCUCAGUAUUUCUAUCAGGAUCCACAGCAGCAGUAUAGGCAUUUGUAUCCACAAAGUGUAUUGCAACAACAGCAGCAACAAGAAGACACUGAUCUGCAAAAGCAAUACCAGAAUGACAAUAGGUCUCAAGUUCUGAUGAACUCCCACGUUGGCCUGAGUGUGGCAGAGGCAAUAGAGGAUACUACACGGCAGGAAAUUAAUUCUGUAGGUAACGCUGGCUCUCAUCGAAAUCUUUUAGCACCAUCGAGUAUCCAUCUAAAUAACAAAGGGUCCCAGCAAGAGUCUCCUAGUGCUAUUUGGCCUCAGCAGAUUCAACUGUCUGAUGGCAGACUGCAGCAGCCACUGUCCCCUGAGCCAAGUGGCCCAAACAAAGGAACGUUUCCCGAGAGAUCCCAUAUAAAGAGCAAGCUAACAUGUUCAAUAUGCUUGAAGGAAUUUAAGAGUUUACCAGCACUAAAUGGUCACAUGAGAUCACAUGGAGGAGUAAGAGCAUCUCCUAAUUUUAAACAGGAUGAAGGAGAGAAACCGCCACAACAGCAGCCGCCUAAAGAGGUGGAUAGCCUCGCGCCUAUCGUCAUGCCCGUUUCUGUCCCUGUAAAGCUUCUGUCGCCUGAGCCCAGUGCGCAGCCCGCUACCAACAGUACCACAGUCAAAGACAAGCCUGCCAAUUCUGUGUCAGAUGACGAGAUGCCAGUUCUCAUGAAGAUGACUUACUCUCCACCGUGCAGUCCAAAAGUGGCCACCCCCUGCUCAUCUUCUGAACUUAGCAGAAAACAGCCUCAAAGUGCUGCAAAAUUGGAAGAAGACUUCAAAUCCCUGCAGGACAAGAAAAAAUAUCGACAUAGACCUGAACCACUCUUCAUACCUCCUCCUUCCUUCAACUUCAGUGCAUCUUACUCAGGAGCUACGCUGUAUCAAAGCCAACUUCGCUCUCCCCGCAUUCUAGGAGAUCAUCUCCUAGACAGGACACAUGCGUUUCCUCCCUAUACCCCACCACCUAUGCUUAGCCCAGUACGCCAAGGAUCUGGGCUCUUCAGCAGCGUUAUCACAUCUCAUAAUGCAUCUCACCCCCAGCUGCCACUUACUCCUUUAACACCCACUCCACGGGUGCUCCUAUGUCGAUCUAAUAGUAUUGAUGGAAGCAGCAUUCCAGUGACUCCAGGGCCUGGAGAACAGACUGUUGAUAUAGAACCACAGAUCAAUAUUGGAUCAAGAUUCCAGGCUGAUAUUCCUGAACUUCAAGACCGAUCAUCAAUGGGGAGAGAUAUGCACAAGGCAACUUUGGUUUGGAAACCAUGGCCAGAACUGGAAAACAAAGUCUUCCAACAAAGAGUGGAAGACCUUUUAAAUAUGUGCUGUUCAAGCGUGUUACCUGGUGGAGGAACUAACUCAGAAUAUGCAUUGCACUCCCUCUUUGAGUCCAAAGGGGAUAUUAUGGUUGCCCUGGAAAUGCUGCUGUUGAGGAAGCCAGUAAGAUUGAAGUGUCAUCCUUUGGCAAAUUACCAUUAUGCUGGAUCUGACAUGUGGACACCUCUAGAAAGAAGGCUGUUUAACAAAGCAUUAUCCACUUACAGCAAAGAUUUUAUUUUUGUACAGAAAAUGGUUAAGUCUAAGACAGUUGCACAGUGUGUGGAAUACUACUAUACUUGGAAGAAAAUCAUGCGUCUGGGACGGAAACACAGAACACGUCUAGCAGAAAUAAGAGAUGAAUGCCUGACAAGUGGGGAAGAGGAAGAUUUAGAGGAUGAGGAGGAGAUGGAAGAAGAAAGAAAAUCUGUAAAAGAAGAGGAAAGUGAAAUGCAGAAAUCUCCUGAACCACCACCUAUAGCUCUUGGUGCACCUGUAGACCUGCCACCCCUUCAAAGUCUUACAUUUUCUGCAGCCUCUUUUAUCUGUGAAAUGCCAAACUGUGGUGCUGUGUUCAGCUCCAGACAAGCACUAAAUGGCCAUGCUCGCAUUCAUGGUGGUACAAACCAGGUGACAAAACCACGAUGCACCGUUCCAGGUACAAAGCAAAAAUCUGCCACGCAGAGUGGAUACUGCUCAGUCAAGAGUUCCCCUGCCCACAGCACAACAAGUGGCGAGACGGACCCAACAACAAUAUUUCCUUGUAAAGAGUGUGGCAAGGUGUUUUUCAAAAUCAAAAGUCGCAAUGCUCAUAUGAAGACCCACAGACAACAGGAAGAACAGCAAAGGCAGAAGGCUCAGAAAGCUGCUGUUGCAGCAGAAAUGGCAGCUGCUAUUGCAAGAACUACUGGGCCAGUUGGACAUGAUGUGAUCCCUCUGGAUCACUUGAGUUUGAUUAAACAUGUUGAGCAUGUAGGCGACCUUGAAGAUGAUGUUGUUCAGGAGUUAGGAGAUGUCAUGGAAGAGACUGAAGUCAUGAAUGCUGACCUCUUGUUGGAUGAUGAAGAUGCAGAUUUACUUCAGGAUGAUGCUGAGUUGUAAAUGUAGAGUUGUCACAUGCAGACAGCUACUGAAAACAUCCUGAAUGUAUCAGUCAGGAAACCUGGACAACCUGUUUAUUUCCCAUUGAUUUUAAACUACCUGUUUAAAAAUGGUAAUUCUUUUAUCCAGGUCUAGGGAAAAGAUACGCUUCCCACCCAUUUUUUAAUCAGUUUGUUUGUUGGGGAAAAAUAAAUAAUUGGCACAAA